AUGUCUUUCUCAUUUGGCUUCGCCGGUGACGAUAUAUCCGACGACGAGCAGGCUCCCUCUGUUGUCAAGCCUGACCCUACUCCCGCUUCCACCAGCAGCGCAUUUCCUGUUCCUGGCAAGCCUCAGCUCCCACCAACCGUGCAUCAACUGUCCGAUCUUCUUGCUCAGCUACCGUCCAAGAUCGCCUUCAGUCUUCUAGAUGUUACGCUCGACGAUGGUACCACCAUCCGACUGCCGCGGAGGGAGUUGUGGGACGUGAGAGUGCAGCUGAUGGCAGAGGAGGAAGAUGUUGCCGGUGCACAGUCUGAGGGCCUGGGCAGUCAUGAUGUGAAGACGGGUGUUUAUGAGGGCGGUUUCAAGAGCUGGGAAAGCAGUGUUGACCUUGUCAAAGUGCUGGCUGCUAACAAUGCUAUAUCUGCGCUAGAGCAGAGGCCUUUCCGAGUUAUGGAGCUUGGAUGCGGUACUGCUUUGCCAUCCCUGGCCGUCUUCCAAUGGGCCAUGACCUCAGCGUCAGAAAAGAAACCUCUGUCUCUGAUCCUUGCGGAUUACAACCCUUCCGUUCUCCAACUAGUCACUCUUCCCAACUUCAUCCUCUCAUGGGCCCUAAACAACUCUCAGUUGCCCGCUCUUCACGAAGCCUUCUCAAUCGAGGGAGAAGUCGAGCUUGGCCCUGAUAUUCUCGCUGCUUUCCAGCAGUCUCUCGUGGAAUCGAACGUCACGCUCUCUUUCGUGUCUGGCGCUUGGUCUCGGGAUUUUGUCGAUCUAAUCUAUACCCUACCUUGCGGAGACGGCCAGCCAAGCAGCACACUGCUUCUCGGUGCAGAGACAAUCUACUCUCCGUUUGCGCUUCAGGCCUUCCUUGAAACUCUCUUCUUAAUUCUGGAGAAAGAGCGGGAUACCGAGGGCAGUGAAACAGGUGCGUAUAUAGGAGCGAAACGCCUGUAUUUCGGCGUUGGCGGUUCGCUGGAUGACUUCAUCGACAAGGCACGGCAGAAGGGGGCCAAGGUAGAGCAGUUAAGAGAAGAGACAGAGGGAGUGCGACGUGGUGUCGUUCAGUGUGUUCUAGAACACACAUAG